AUGAAAAGGAUUCGUGGCGUUUUAUGCGGCGAAGCUUCAGUCGGAAAAAGCGCCCUUCUCAGAUGCUUUUCUAACCAACCAUUCCAAGAAAAUCUUACAUCAACUAUUGCAGGCGCAUUUUUUUCAAAAAUAAUUACGGUACACGAUGAGCAAGUUAGCGUUGAAAUAUGGGAUACAGCAGGAUCCGAAAGAUAUCACUCAGUUAUACCUUCCUUUUUCAGAAACGCGUCAGCUAUUGCUAUAAUUUACGAUAUUACUAACAGAGAUAGUUUCUUAAAUCUGAAAUUUUGGCACGAGUUUGCUCAAAUGAACGCGCCUCCAGGCACUCCGAUUUUUGUUGUUGGAAAUAAAGUUGAUCUUGAUGCGAAAAGAACUGUUUCUUACCAAGAAGGAAAGCAAUACAUGCAAUAUAUUGAGGCUGCAGCUUUCCUCGAGACUUCUGCUAAAACAGGAGAAGCUGUUGACGGACUUUUUGUAAUGUUUGCGAACGCUGAUGGAACGAUUACGCCUGAAGGCUUUGCUCCAAGUGUUAGGAGAGAAAAGCGUGGUUGCUGUUAG